CUCCGCCCAAAGCCCGCCCUCUCUUUUUCUUCCAACUUCUUCAACAACCUCCUGCUCCUCUCGAUUUUCUGCUUCCCCGACAGCAGGACGACGCCAGCCUUCGCGGGCCUCUCAUGUCUCUGGUUCAACAUGUGGGUAAUCUCGAGGGAACGGAUCGCGAGGAGGCCCUAGUCGACCUCUUCCUCCCGCCCCAAGAUCGCGAAAAUUAUCCCGAUCAUUUCUCUGAGCGCCGUCUCUCCAUCGAGAGCGGCACGGCCACCAGCACUAGAUCUUUGCGCAGGAUUGUCAGCUACGAUGCUUUGAAGCCCACAGAGGAUACCGUCGAAGAAGAUGGUGGUGUCACCCCUUAUCAUGUGUCCACCAAACGCCGUAUCUUCCAAGUAGCCGUCAUCAUCCUCGCCUGUUGGUUUGCAAGCGGCAUCAUUUUUGGCUUCGCCGCUCUCAAGCCCAUUCUCAUCCGCGAAGGUGUAUUUAGAGAUCUUUGUACUUCGCAAGAGCUGCGGGACGGCAUCGAAGUGUGCUUCGAGCAGGAUUUGCGACUCAACUUCUUUUUUUCCCUUGCUUCCACUACUGCAAAUGUUUCUGCUCUGCCUGUCGGCGCAUUGCUCGAUCGUUAUGGUCCCAGGCUCUGUAUGCUCAUCGGCUGUUUGUGCCUCGCUGUUGGAACUGUUCUCAUGAGCCUUGCUUUCCAAAUUCCCGGCUUUGAUGGCUUCACCGUUGGCAACUUCUUCUUAGCUCUUGGGGGAACUUUUGUCUUCUUGCCUUCUUUCCAAAUCGCAAACGCUUUCCCCAAGUAUGCGGGCAUGAUCGUAGCAUUGGUCACAGGCGCCUUUGAUGCCUCGGCCGCUGUGUUCCUCUUCUAUCGACUCGCCUAUGAGGCAUCCAACGGCGCUUUCAAGCCCCAACACUUCUUCCUUGCCUACCUCCUCGUGCCGUGUACCAUUUGCAUUGCGCAACUCACCUUUUUGCCAGCAUCAAGUUACAAGACACAGGGACAGCUCGAGAUGAAGAUUGAGCGCGCCGCUGAUGACACGCGGGAUGUGCACAGCUCUGACGACGACCUCCCCAGCGAUGAAAUGUGGAAGGUCCGAAAAGUCCGCAGCACCCGCCGUCGAAAACGUAUGAACAGACUCGACAAACUCGUUGGUGACGAAUCCUCCCGCAAACUCCGCGACGAGCAGGAAGAACACCGCCACGAAGCAUCCGGCGUCUGGGGUGCCCUCCACGCCAAAACGCCUAUGCAGCAAAUGGUGACCCCAUGGUUCUACCUCUUGACCCUCCUCACCGUUUUGCAAAUGGUCCGCAUGAACUACUUCAUCGCCACUCUCAAAGAGCAGUACACAUACAUGCUCUCCUCCCCGGCCCUCGCCAAGCACAUCAACGAAUUCUUCGACUGGGCCCUCCCCAUCGGCGGCGUAGCCUCAACCCCCUUCCUAGGCCUCCUCCUCGACAACGUGAGCACCCCCGGCGUCCUCCUGAUCCUCGUCCUCCUCAUCACCGCUAUCGGCAUCGUCGGCUCCCUCCCCGCUCUCUGGGCCGCCUACAUCAACGUCCUCCUCUUCGUCUUCCUCCGCCCGCUGUACUACUCGGCAAUGUCCGACUACGCGACCAAAGUCUUCGGCUUCGCGACUUUCGGCCGCGUCUACGGCACCAUCAUAUGCGUCUCGGGCCUCGUAAACCUCUCCCAGACCGGCAUCGACGCCCUCACUAAAUCAACUUUCCACGGUAAUCCCAUCCCCGUCAACGCGACGCUCGCGGUGCUAGGCUCCGUGAUCGGUAUCGCGCUCGUCGCGUAUGUCACGGUGCAGACGUACCGCAUGCAGAAGGCGUUGCUCGACGAUGAUCUCUGGACCGUGACCAACACCGAUGCGGAUACCGUCAGCGUCAUGGACAGUCUGCUGGAGGAGGACGAGCAUCCCGGAUACGGAAGUUUUGCGCCGCAGGCGCAGACGCAGGGGCGCGUGUCUCAUGAGUAUUAAGCUUCUUGCGUAGUUUGGAUGGGGAAUAAGGGAAAGAGAUGGUACUGGCACGAUGGAUUUCCACUUUCAAUUUUCCCCUUCGCUUUGACGACAGCUGCUACGACAUGAUCAAAAGAAAAGGAUAUUUUCGGGGUUUUAUCUGGGAUCAAUCACAAGGGAUCAGAGAAAUACUUGUACCACCAUAU